UGCGCGGAGAAGAAGCCCACACCGCAACAGUGACAAUGCCGCCGAAACAGAGCAAGAACAAGUACUCGGUGCUUCUACCGACGUACAAUGAGCGACGCAACCUCCCUAUAAUCACCUGGUUGCUCAACAAGACAUUCACAGAGAAUGAUCUUGAUUGGGAACUCAUCAUCGUCGACGACGGCUCCCCUGACGGCACCCAGGAAGUCGCUGCGCAGCUCGCGAAGGUCUACUCCCCGCACAUCCAGAUCCGCGCGCGCGCAGGCAAGCUCGGCCUCGGCACCGCCUACGUCCAUGGCCUGCAGUUUGCGACCGGCAACUUCGUCAUUAUCAUGGACGCCGACUUCAGCCACCACCCCAAGUUCAUCGCCGACAUGAUCCGCGUACAGAAGGAGAAGAACUACGAUAUCGUCACCGGCACGCGGUAUGCAGGCAACGGUGGUGUUUUCGGGUGGGAUCUCAAGCGCAAGUUCGUGUCGAGGGGCGCAAACCUGUUCGCGGAUACGGUGUUGAGGCCUGGCGUGAGCGACUUGACGGGCAGCUUUCGGCUGUACAAGAAGGAGAUUCUGGAGAAGGUCAUCAGGAAGACGGAGAGCAAGGGGUACACUUUCCAGAUGGAGAUGAUGGUGCGCGCGAAGGCUAUGGGCUGCACUGUUGCCGAGGUCCCCAUCAGCUUCGUGGACCGGUUGUACGGCGAGUCGAAGCUCGGUGGUGACGAGAUUGUGGAGUACGCAAAGGGCGUGCUGAAUCUGUGGCUGAAGGUUUAAGAGAGGACUUUGCAUGGGCGUCGGCGUUGUUCGGACACGGGCAUCUUGGAGCUGGAUGGCUGUUAAGAGAUAUCCACGAGGUAGGCAGAGGUCAAACUAGGUUCAUGUGCUUUCCCAUGCCUCUUCCCAGAAGCACUUUCAAUUCGGUGGUCCUUUGAUUCCUAAAACUUGUAAUCGAACCCUUGCCUUUCCUUUCUUUGGAUUAUGGCUCUGCCUCGUUCGUGGUGUCGGGUAACACAGCUCUCAAGCUAUCAGAACGCUGGAGCACAUCACGCGCUUUCCUCUCACUUUCAACUAGGUAACGCGUCGCUGCCCUCUCGCACGCCAAGACGCUCCAUUUGUCGGUCAUAAGCUCGUACUUGCAUUAUGUACUCCUCAACUUCUACCUCAUUCUACCUCCACUGGACGACCCUCUCGCGCGUCAAGGUGGCAGCCUC